ACCGCAUCAGCAGCUUGUCCUUGUCUCAUCUCUCCAGACUGGAACGGCGCUGCUGGGUACAUACUAUCGAGCAGUUUGCUCCGAUCGCUGUUUGAACCGGCCAAUUCGGAAAGCGUCGAUAUAUCAAACGAAGAAACAAUCAAUAUAUUAAGAUCUCGGCACUUUAUUCCAGCCUCACCCGUGCCCCUCCCUCCCCCCUUUGCUCUCCUUCCAACUCAAACCAGAAGGGAUACUUCCAAGGAUGUCGAUCUUCAAACGCUGGCUCACUGCAACCUCCCACGAUCCAGCACGCCAACCAUUGCUGAGUCCCAGGAAACGGGUCGUCUCAGAGGAUGACGUAUUGGAAGUCCAGGAAGCACCAGCGACAACACCUCUGCCUUACCGACAAAUAGUGGUACUAUGCUUCAUGCGAAUCACCGAGCCCAUCUCCCAAAGCUUAAUCCAUCCAUUCAUCAAUCAAAUGCUCGAGGACUUGCACGUCACUCCUGAUCGGACGAAGAUCGGCUAUUACGCUGGAAUCAUCACCAGUCUGUUUGCCUUCGCUCAGCUAUGCACGAAUUUUUGGUGGGCGAUGUUGUCGGAUCGGAUUGGACGAAAGCCGAUCCUACUCUCCGGGCUGACCGGGCUAGCGGUCAGCAUCAUCAGUCUGAGUCUACAGACCAGUUUUGCCGGCAUGGUUGUGGCCCGAUGUGUAGCCGGAGUAAUGAACGGGAACUUGCCAAUCUUACAGAGCGUCCUAGCAGAGAUCACAGAUGAGACGAAUAAAGCGCGAGCGUUCUCGUUAAUCCCGAUGUGCAACGCCGUCGGGAUAAUCAUAGGUCCAUUGAUCGGCGGAUAUCUCGCGAAACCGGCGAGCCAAUAUCCCGAAUACUUCGGGAAGAUUCAGUUCUUGAUCGACUAUCCCUACUUCUUGCCAUGCUUUAUUGCCGGGAUGAUCAACCUUUCAGCAGUCACCGUUGGCUUCUUUUUCUUGAAAGAAACACUCCCCUCGAAGACAAACGUCCGGAACUUACCGCUGGACAACGAGAGUGACGAAGAGGUCGAGGAGCCCGACUCGCAGCCCGAAGAGAUUGCGAGCCAGCCUAAACCCAAGUUUUCGGCACUGUUUACGCCGACAGUCAUCAGCGUCCUACUUGGCUCUCUCUUGGUAUUCUUUCAAAUGUCCUCUUUGGCUACUCUGAUUCCACUGUUUGCAUACACUCGAUUCGAGGACGGUGGACUUGGGCUUAAUUUACGACAAAUGGGCACGGCUCUGACGACGAACGGGUUUGCAGCGGUGAUUGUGCAGACGGCGACGUUCCCGUAUCUGCAGCGGAGAUGGGGGACGAUGAAGCUGUUCCGGUCGGUCCUGCUGAUCUGGCCGCUGGUCUUUGCGCUCCUCCCGAUGAUCCGUUGGGUCGUCAAGCAGCAGAGAGACGUCUCCGGGAUUGACGCCGGCUCUAAGGCCGCUAUGGUCGGCCUCAUCUUCGUCUUGGCGAUCAAAAGCUUCGGCAAAAUGUCGAUCGUGUGUCUCACUUUAUUGGUCAAUUCUGCCGCACCAUCGGCCUCUACCUUUGGAGCCCUGAACGGCCUGGCACAAUCGUGUUCGGAGCUGGCUAGGACGUUUGCGCCGUUCAUCACCGGCGCAAUCUUCUCUAUCAGCAUCAAGCAACAAUAUCUGAAUGGAAACUUGAUCUGGUUGUGUGGCUUAUUGUUAUCUUGUUUGACUCUCUUCUUUGCUCAAACAAUCAAGAUCCAGCCCACCCAGGUUCGGAAAAAGAGCUCGGCACAAGGUCCAUCGACCUCCUGAUUGAAAAAAACAAGAAUACUUCUCGAAGUGUAAUUUUCUUCUGCUAUUCUCUCUCUCUCAAAGGGUCCUCUUUCCCUGCCCUCUCUCUCUCUCUCUCUCUCUCUCUCUCUCUCUCUGUACCUCGCCUUCCCCCCCCCUUUUUAGUCUUACUGUAGCCAACAGAGUUUUCUCUCUACCUAGCUAGUCUUCUCUUGAAUAGUUAUUCCUCUCAUCCCCAGAAAAUUGGCCUUGUGUUCUUGGAUUGCUUGAUUGAAUUUGUACCUCCGUAUGUAUGUGUGCUACCCCUAUAUACAUGCAUUCCUCUUCUUGAAAAAUGUCUAUACAUGUAAUCUGUAGACUAUCAGCACCACAUAUCCUUCCCGCCCUCUUGUUACAAAAAAUUGUCUUUGGGUUCUUAAAUUCAAAUGAAAAUCACAUUGCUGUCUGGAUGAUAGGUGGUUGAUUUUAUAUGCUCCCAAAUAAAUCACUUUGGAUUA